AUGAAUCAUCGUCCGCAAUCAUCCUACCCAGGAAACAGCCCGUCUCCCUAUCCUCCAGCCUUUCCUCAAUAUCCCCAAUAUCCUCCUCACACUCCUACCCCGCCCUAUGGCCACACUCCAUCACCUCGCCCUCCCUUCCACCAGCACACUCUUAGCGCCCCUCAGAAUGGCUAUCCUCGUGCAGACUCCCCGGGCUUGCCCCCACCCCCACCACAGGCAUUUCAGAAAUUCGGGGGAGGUGCUCCGUCAAGUUACCAGUUCCAGUACUCGGCUUGUACCGGUCGCCGCAAAGCAUUGUUGAUUGGGAUCAACUACACAGGGCAGCCAAAUGCGCUCAAAGGAUGUAUAAACGAUGUCACCAACAUGUCCAACUUCCUGUCCCAAAGAUUUGGGUACAAGCGAGAGGACAUGGUCAUUCUCACCGACGACCAAACUAAUCCGUUGAGCAUCCCCACUAAGGCCAAUAUUCUACGUGCAAUGCAGUGGCUCGUCAAGGAUGCCCAGCCGAACGAUUCUUUAUUCAUUCACUUCUCCGGCCAUGGAGGUCGCACUCCCGAUCUAGAUGGAGACGAGGAGGAUGGUUUCGACGAUGUGAUAUAUCCAGUGGACUACCGUGUGGCAGGUCACAUAGUAGAUGAUGAUAUGCAUGCGAUCAUGGUGCGUCCGCUGCGGCCCGGAGUGCGAUUAACGGCCAUCUUCGAUUCGUGUCACUCGGGCACUGCAUUGGAUCUGCCGUACAUCUACUCGACGCAGGGCAUUCUCAAGGAGCCCAACCUGGCCAAGGAAGCGGCUCAGGACUUGUUCAGUGCCUUUACUGCAUAUGGGCAGGGUGAUCUCUCGAGCGUCGCUUCAACGGCCAUCGCGUUCUUCAAGAAAGCAACCAACAGCGGAUCUGCCCGUGAGCGCACCCUCAUGACCAAAACCUCCCCCGCCGACGUAGUAAUGUUUUCAGGGUCCAAGGACACACAGACCUCGGCCGAUACGUUCCAGGAUGGACAGGCGCGUGGUGCAUUGAGUUGGGCUUUUAUAAAAUCGCUGCAACAGUGGCCGCACCAGAGUUACCUGCAGCUGCUGAACACAAUUCGGAACGAACUCGAGGGGAGAUAUUCGCAAAAGCCGCAGCUGAGCUGUAGCCAUCCGCUUGACGUCAACCUCCGCUUCGUGAUGUGA